AUGGCUACCGCUACUGCUACUGCUGCAUCGCCCCCCGCAUCAAUGAAAGCGCAAUGUCUGGACGGCUUCAACAAACCGUACGACUUCCGUGAGGUGCCUCUUCCGGCUCUCACCUCGCCUUACGACGUCCUGAUCAAGGUCGAUGCGGCGUCGUUCUGCCAUACGGACGCCGUGCUGGCCGCCGGGCUGAUGCCCCCGCAUCCGCCCUCGUUCCCCAUCAUCGGAUGCCAUGAGUUUGUGGGCACGGUGGUGGCUGUCCCUGACGAGCAGAGUACUACUACUGCUGUUGCUGCUGCGUCGUUGAGGCUGUUCCGCCCUGGCGAACGAGUCGCUGUCUGCUGCAACAAGUACCAUGUCUGCGGCGAGUGUGACGAAUGCCGCACCGAUACGGGUCCAACGACGGACCCUCCCGGUUUCUCGACUAUCUGUCCCAAGGGUCUUGUCAGUGGGAUCAGCAGAGACGGCGGGUUUGCCGAAUAUGCCGUCGUGGACGCCAGGCAGCUGAUCCCGAUCCCGGAGGGGAUGACUCCGGUACAGACAGCUCCUAUGAUGUGCGCGGGCGUCACGAUAUACGCGGCAAUCCAGAAGUGCGCUCUGUCACCAGGUCAGCGGAUUGGGAUCAUUGGCUGUGGCGGAGGCCUGGGACAUCUAGGUCUGCAAUUCGCGGCGAAGAUGGGUCUGGAGGUGUAUGGCGUCGACAACGCAGAUGAGCCAUUGGCACUCGCUCGGGGACUCAACACAGGCGCCAGGAUCGUCGACGCCAGACGCGAAGACGCCGACGCCGUCGCGCGAGAGGUCGGCCAGCGCGACGGCAAACAGCACCGCAGCGAGAUGGGCCUUGACGCGGUGAUCAUCCUGCCCGAGAGCCAGCAGGCCUUUGACUACGGCGUCACGCUGCUGCGGAACCACGGGAAAUGCGUCGUCGUGUCCUUCCCCAAGGCUGGCUUCCAUCUGUCCUCGCACGACGUCGUGUUUCGCGACAUUGCCGUCGUGGGGAGCCUGUUCGGUAGUCGGAGACAGGCGGCCGAAAUGCUCGAAUUCGCGGCCCGUCAUCAGGUCAAGGCUGUUACCAGGACGUAUCCUCUGUCCAAGCUGAAUGACCUCGUUGCGGAGUAUCAUCGCGGGUGUGGUGGGAAGUUGGUUGUCGAUAUGUCGAAACAGUAA